AUGGCCCCGCGCCUGCCCACCCCUAGUUCCGCCAGUGGUUCUCUGGGGUGUUUGAUUUCGAGACGAAGCAACUUGAGCCAGGUUCUGAACAUGAUAGACCAAUACAUCGAGUCACCUGUUGCUGAUUCCGGCCUUCGCCGGAACUGGGAUGUAAAGGAAGCUGACGAAGGGAUUCAUCUGCGAAUGGAUAUGCCUGGAUUGGGCAAGGAAGAUGUGAAGGUUUCUGUGGAGCAGAACACACUUGUUAUCAAAGGUGAGGGCAAUAAGGAUUUCGAGGAUUAUAAGGCUGGGCCUAGGUACACCAGCAGAAUCGAUUUACCGGAUAAAAUCUACAAGACGGAUGCUAUCAAGGCGGAGAUGAAGAAUGGGGUUCUCAAAGUGUUCCUUCCCAAGAUCAAGGAAGAAGAGAGGACUGGUGUUUUCCAGGUCAAUGUGGAGUGAUGUAGUUUCUUUCUAACAAUUGUUAAAUAUGGUGAAGUGGAAUUGUUAAUAACUCGAGACAAUGUGGUUUAAUUUGAUGCUGAUUUAAUUU